GUUAAUAAGCAACCCAUACCACGAGUCCACACAGCGCACCCUCGGUCCCUCGCCCUCAACAAGUCACGAUGCGCGCGCCGCCGCGCAGCGCGCUGCGCAUCCCGCCAUUUUACUACACCACCGUAUUUCACCAACACCGACUCGAAAAACACCAUGAAAACUUAAUUCAGACGCGCAAAACAGUGAAGCAGGAUGAAUUUCGCGCCGUUCACCGGCCACAUCCCGACGGCGGCGGCCAUCCCCACCAUCCAGCACUUCGCCGCCAAGUUCGGCUACGAGGGCACCAGCACCGUGCAGGAGAGAUACCAGGGAAAUGUCCAGUUCGUGACGCCGGCAGUGGACGUCAAGUUCAGACAGGCGGAGAUGGUGGUCCCGGCGGUGGACGUGAAGUUCCGACAGGCGGAGAUGGUGGUGGUGAGCAGCGCGCCAGCUGGCGCCGUCACCUUGGCGGGAAUAGCGCCCAUACACACCGUGAACAGCGGAGUGAAGUACCAAGCGAUAUCGUCGAGCACCGUGAAUUUAGGCAACGUGGCGUACGGACAGACGUACGUGCAGGAGCCGAAGGAGAAACGGGAGUACCGCGAGGAAGACAUCAUGGCCACCAUGAUGCAGCAACAGGAGACAAUCACAGUGUCGGGUGCGCCGCUGCAGCAGGGCGCGCACGCGCAGCAGCUGCUGGUGGUGCUGCACGAGCCCCGCGACCUCGCGCGCGCCAUCAAGCACGAGUCGCGCCAGACCGGGCCCGUGCCCAUGCCCGCCGAGUUCAUCAGUAUCGGCGACGUGUCGGACGCGACGUGGCAGUCGAUCGGCGGCGGCGUUGCCGACUAUCUCUCGGCGUUGCCGCUGCCGCUGCACCACUUGCUCAAGUACUCGGACAAGCGCGAGGAGCCAGUGCUGGUGCAAGUUCCUAGCGCGCCAGUAGCACAGCAGAUCCCAAGUCCCACAGUAAACACGGUGGUGGUACAGACGACGCCGCCGACGCCCAAGAAAAAGAAAAAGAAAAAAGCCGCUAAAGAGAAGAAACCCCGGCCUAAACCCGGAGAGAUUCGCCUGACUACCGCGCUGGAUGGCAGCACUCUAUACUGCUGCCCGGAGUGUCACAUGGCGUACCCGGAGCGAGGACUGUUGGAGCAGCAUCUCGUCGGACACACCAUGGAGAGGAGGUUCAUCUGCGACAUCUGCAACGCAGCCCUAAAACGCAAGGACCACCUAACCCGGCACAAGCAGAGCCACAACCCGGAGCGGCCGCACGUCUGCUCCGUCUGCCUCAAGGCGUUCAAGCGGCGCGAGCAACUCACACUGCACUUCGUGAUACACUCGGGCGAGAAGAGACACGUGUGCAACGAGUGCGGCAAGGGUUUCUACCGCAAGGACCACCUGCGCAAGCACACGCGGUCGCACAUCGCGCGGCGCGUGAAGGCGGAGCUGUCUGCGCGCGCCUCGUCCCCCCCCUCCCCGCCGCUCGCCGCCGCCCCCGCCCCCGCCCCCGCCCCCGCGCCCGCCCCCGCGCCCUCCUGACACGACGACAAGAGCGACCUGCUCACGCUCAUACAGGCCGCCAAGGAUGUCUUCUGACUCGACGAGUUGGGUGUCAACUAUAUUGA